AGAGCAAAGGUAGCAGCGUGACAUUAAGCUAACAUGUCAGGAUCAAAGUUUGUUUAUCCUGCUUAUUUUCUUUAAAACGCCACACUUGGACUCUUAUCUCCGGCAAAGGAGAAUUUAUUAAGGAGAUCUCUAUCCGGCUUUUAAUAAUUUUAACAGCUCAAAUACCCUCAUCACCUGCAAAGAAGAAUUUAUGACAUUUGUAUCCUGUUUUGAAUCCAUAUAUAAGACGCACUGGGACCCGAGCUGUCUGCUGCUUGGUAGGAUCAAGAUAUAUUUUGAGUUUAUUAAGGAGAUUUUUUAAAUCCAGAUUUUAAUCCUUUUAACGCCGCACUGUGACCCUGACAGACAACUAAUUGUCCGUUGUCCUUGGCCCGAGACCGGCCCGAGUCAUGGGCGGCAGCCUGGGUUGCCACCGCUCCAUCCCCAGAGACCCCGGCGUCGUCAGCGGCAAAAGACGCAAGCUGAGCGCGGCGUGCAACUUCGGAAGCGUCCUGGUGAGGCAGGAGCGUCUCAACAUCAACGCCGCCAGCGAGGAGGAGCUCAUGACUCUCCCCGGCGUGGACCGCACCGUGGCCCGCAGCAUCGUGCAGUACCGGGACUGCAUCGGCGGCUUUAAAAAGGUGGAGGACCUGGCACUGGUGAGCGGAGUCGGCGCCGCCAAGCUGGAGGCCGUCAAAGUCGAAAUCUGCGUUUGGGACAGAGGGAGUUGGUCUCGGCACUCGCCGUCUUCCCCGCGGAAAAACCGGGGUCAGCAAACGAGCGGCGGGCUGGACGUGAACACGGCCACACCUGCUCAGCUCAUGAGCGUUCCUGGUAUCACAGAGGAAAUAGCACGCAGUAUAGUCCGGGAUCGCCCCUUCAGAAGCACGGAGGACCUGCUGAGGGUGAAGCACAUCAGCCACCCUCUGCAGGUGUCGCUGGUGCCCUCCUUCACCGACACCAACGGAAGACCCCCGCACACGACCCGGUUGCACCCUGGCCCCACUUCCCCCAGCCUGAAGAGCGACACUGCGGGCCUCCCGCCCGGCGGACCCGCCCAGGUCGUUCCCGUGCGAGCGAGCGCGCAGACGGCGGCCCUGCUGCGGCACAGGAAGUGCGUGGUGCGCGUGGCCACGUGGAGCCUGCAGAAGUGUUCCUGCGACAAGGCCAACAACCCCGGGGUGAAGGAGGUGGUGUGCAUGACCCUCCUGGAGAACGACAUCAAGUUACUGGCAGUGCAGGACCUGUUGGAGAAAGGUGUACUACAAAAGUUCUGUGCGGAGUUAAACCAAGGUACUCUAGCUAGUGUUGGCAAGUGGAAGAGGCCAAGAGGCGUAUGGAAAUGUUUGGAGUCUGAAGAAGUUUGCUGCAAGGAAGUGAGCUAUUCUGGCUUUCUGUGGGAUUCCACUGGUGUGCAGCUCCUGGAUGCUGCACUCUUGGAGUCUGCCAACAACUGGGAUGGAGCCUCCACAAGCUUCCUGGCCCACUUCUCUAUUUCUUCUCACAAAGUGGCUGUGGUGAACGUCCACAUGCGACCCACAGUUGGCAAGAAGCAGAGUGCAGGGGUCAAAGGUCGCCCCCUGUCUGCCAUCAUCCAGGAAACACUGAAAGGUGAGAAGGAGGUUGUGGUGCUGGGAGACUUUGGACGUCCUCCUCAGAGCGCUGAGCUGGACUUCCUGAGAAAAGAGAAGAUGUCUGCUCUGCUAGCAGCCAAGUACUUCACCAACAUCAGCACCACCUGCCCUCAGGGAACACACUGCCUGGACAACAUCUGGCUCAGCCGCUCUCUCAAGAAGAUCUACUCUGGACAUUGCACGGUCGUACGAGAAGGUUUGACCAACCCUUGGAUUCCUGACAAUUGGUCAUGGGGGGGCGUGGCCUCAGAUCACUGCCCCGUGGUGGCCGACUUUUCUGCUGACGCCAAACGCAAACGCGGAGGCGGGCCUGGAAUCAGCGCGUUGGAGCCGGCUGACCAGCCCAAACAUGAGCGAUGACCUCACUUCAACAACAAUGGUGACCACGUCUUGUGUAUCGCCUUGGACUUUCCUUUAUCAAUGAUGUCAUCAUCUACAAAAUACACACACAUGUGUGGAUGUAAUCGUGUACCUGUAUUUUGUACAUGAUGAUGUCAUCACCUACAAAAUAUACAUUACAUGAUGAUGUCAUCACCUACAAAAUAUACAUUACAUGAUGAUGUCAUCACAUACACAAUAUACAUACAUGAUGAUGUCAUCACCUACAAAAUAUACAUUACAUGAUGAUGUCAUCACCUACAAAAUAUACAUUACAUGAUGAUGUCAUCACAUACACAAUAUACAUACAGGAUGAUGUCAUCACCUACAAAAUAUACAUUACAUGAUGAUGUCAUCACAUACACAAUAUACAUACAUGAUGAUGUCAUCACCUACAAAAUAUACAUUACAUGAUGAUGUCAUCACAUACACAAUAUACAUACAUGAUGAUGUCAUCACCUACAAAAUAUACAUUACAUGAUGAUGUCAUCACAUACACAAUAUACAUACAUGAUGAUGUCAUCACCUACAAAAUAUACAUUACAUGAUGAUGUCAUCACAUACACAAUAUACAUACAUGAUGAUGUCAUCACCUACAAAAUAUACAUUACAUGAUGAUGUCAUCACCUACAAAAUAUACAUUACAUGAUGAUGUCAUCACAUACACAAUAUACAUACAUGAUGAUGUCAUCACCUACAAAAUAUACAUUACAUGAUGAUGUCAUCACAUACACAAUAUACAUACAUGAUGAUGUCAUCACCUACAAAAUAUACAUUACAUGAUAUCAUCACCUACACAAUAUACACUACAUGAUGACAUCAUGUUCAUGUACUCUGUACAUGUCACGUACAAAAUACACAUGUAUGUGAUGAUGUCAUCGUGUACAUGUAUUUUGCACAUAUCACCUACAAAAUACACAUUACAUGAUGAUGUCAUCACAAGCACAUGAUGAUGUCAUUAUGUACAUGUAUUUUGUAGAUUAACAUGUCAUCACCUAUAAAGUACACAUUACAUGAUGAUGUCAUGCACAUGUUUUUUGUACAUUAUAUUGUCACCAUCUAUAAGAUACACAUUACAUGAUGAUGUCAUCACAAGCACAUGACGAUGUCAUUAUGUACAUGUAUUUUGUAGAGUGACAUGUCAUCACCUAUAAAGUACACAUUACAUGAUGAUGUCAUGUACAUGUUUUUUGUACAUUAAAUUGUCACCAUCUAUAAGAUACACAUUACAUGAUGAUGUCAUCACAAGCACAUGACGAUGUCAUUAUGUACAUGUAUUUUGUAGAUUGACAUGUCAUCACCUAUAAAGUACACAUUACAUUAUGUGUGUGUGUGUGUACAUGUUUUUUGUACAUUAAAUUGUCAUCUAUAAAAUACACAUUACAUGAUGAUGUCAUCACAAGCACAUGACGAUGUCAUUAUGUACAUGUAUUUUGUAGAUUGACAUGUCAUCACCUAUAAAGUACACAUUACAUGAUGAUGUCAUGUACAUGUUUUUUGUACAUUAAAUUGUCAUCUAUAAAAUAGACGUUACAUGAUGUCGUCAUCACAAGCACAUGAUGAUGUCAUUAUGUACAUGUAUUUUGUAGAUUAACAAGUCAUCACCUAUAAAGUACACAUUACAUGAUGAUGUCAUGCACAUGUAUUUUGUACAUUAAAUUGUCAUCUAUAAAAAUACACAUUACAUGAUGAUGUCAUCACAUGCAAAAUACUCAAGCACAGGAUGACGUCAUCACUUACAAAAUACACAAGUACAUGAUGACUUCAAAAAAAUACGCAUGUAUGUCGUCGUGUACAUGUGUAUUUUGUAGGUGAUGACAUCAUGUACAUGUAUUUUGUACAUUAAAUUGUCAUCUAUAAAAAAUACACAUUACAUGAUGAUGUCAUCGCAUGCAAAAUACUCAAGCACAGGAUGACGUCAUCACUUACAAAAUACACAAGUACAUGAUGACUUCAACAAAAUAUGCAUGUAUGUCGUUGUGUACAUGUGUAUUUUGUAGUUGAUGACAUCAUCAUGUACUGUGUAUUUUGUAGGUGAUGACAUCAUCAUGGAUUGUGUAUUUUGUAGGUGAUGACAUCAUCAUGGAUUGUGUAUAUUGUAAGCAAAGAAAUCAUGUAAUAUGUAUUUUGUAGGUGAUGACAUCAUCAUGUACUGUGUAUUUUGUAGGUGAUGAAAUCAUGUAAUGUGUAUUUUGUAGGUGAUGUCAUCAGCAUGCACCGUAUUUUGUAAGUGGUGAAAUCAUGUAAUAUGUAUUUUGUAGGUGAUGACAUCAUCAUGUAAUGUGUAUUUUGUAGGCGAUGACAUGAUAAUGUACAAAAUACACAAGUACAUGAUGACAACAUUAUGUUACAUAAAUACACAAGUAAAUGAUGACAUCACGUACAAAAUACAUGUACAUGAUGACAUCAUUACGUGCAUGUGCAUUUUGUAGGGGAUGACGUCAUGGAGUAUUUUGCCCCCUGCUGGCCUGCGUUCACAGGUAGAUGUUUCCACCACCUUUGAUGUUUUACUACCAUUUCUCUGACUUGGUGGAAUAUUUCCAUCUUUAUGUGAAAUGAUUGGAAUGACAGUCUGAUGUUAUUUUUCAAGACUAGUAGCAAAUAAAAGUGUUUGUAUUCAAGGCGCCACCUUGUGGUGGGACUAUUUAAUCACAUUAGAUUCACUUUGGCAAUAAAAGUC